AUAACUUAUGUUCGCGGAGAUGUGACCUCUCCGAGUGGCUGGCGGAAAGCUCUUGAACGGGCUUUAUCUGUCUAUGGUCACUUGGAUGUAGUUGUCAACAAUUCCGGUGUGUUACACAACGUACAGCCGUCCAUUGAGGUCAGUGACGAGGACUGGGAGCGAGUUUUCCGCAUCAACGUGCAGCAAAUCCACCUCAGAACCAAGACGAUCAUUCCUUACUUCUUGCAAGAGAAGAGAGGUGGGCAUUUCAUAAACGCCUCCAGCGCUAGUGGUGCUCGACUCCGACCCAAUCUAGUGUGUUAUGGAGCAAUCAAAGGCGCAGUUAAUACAGCUACAAGGAGACUUGCCAUAGGAUGGGCACCGCAUAACAUUCGCGUGAUUGCAGUCUGCCCUUCUGUUGGGGUUACACCCAUGAUGCCGCUUUUCCUGGGUCAUGACUCGAGUGAUGAGACACAUGUGAAAAUGCUCAGCAGCAUACCUUUGGGUCGUGUAUGCCAACCUAGUGAUGUGGUCAACACGGUACCCUUUUUGGCAAGUGACUUAUUUUACCGGUGA